AACAUCAGACCCUACGACCUAAACAACCGGGUGGAAUCGGAAGUAGCCUUGAAGGUCGCUGCCAGAAUGGCUGAGAAUGAGAUUGUAGUUGAAGGCUACAGUGAAAUUCUUACAUUCAGGUCACUUAUCACUUAUUUCUACGACGCCAAAGACCAUGUCAAUAUAGAAAUGCAAUUGGAUGGUGUUGGAGGAGGUGCUGUCAUAGCCAAGGCUGAUGUCCACGGAGAAAGGGCUAUUUUCCUUUUGUUCUCAUUCUAUCAUUUGAUUGAAACAGAAGGAGUUACCAACAUGACCAAACCUUUGGGAUACGAGGUUUUGGCUUGA